AUGUCGUCACCUUCCAGAGACCGCAUUAGCAGAACCCCUCGAACUGCGCGGAAUGGAAAUUCUACGGAUUCACAGAGCCCCUUCAAUGCCUUGCACCAGCUUGCUGGCGCCAUAAGAGACCCAAGAACGCCCUCCCAAACUUCCGCCCGUCCUCUGCUCUCGGCAAACCGAGCUUCGGCAAGACGUACACCCCGUACAAAUGUGGGCGGAAAUGCUGCCCCUGCAACUCCCCACGCCUUACGGGCGUUACAAAGACGCGCAGCUACAUAUACUCCUGGUCGCGAUAGAAGGAAAAGUGGACGUGUGCAAAGAGAAACGCCAAUGGAUAUACUGAGGAAUCUUGGGAAAGUUCUGGCCCCCAACACUCGAACAGUCUCAUCAUCACCAACAGAAAAACCGGAGAUACCACAGCCGAAACCUGUAGUCGAUGAUCUAGAUGAAGAGCCAGAUCCUCCAAGACCCAGGCUUUCGCUACCACUCAGGGAAAUGCUUCCGGAAGGUGAUGGUAGUCCGGAAAUAACGCCUCCAAGGUUAUCGUUAGCUCUCGAUGAAGAUGCUGAACUCACGACGACAUCCAUUGAAUUCGCAAGGCGAGAUCGCAGUUUACGGGACCGGGCAACCCUCUCCAGGGUAAGUCUGGGCAGCACCCGAUUUAGUGACCGCUUUGGUGAUCUCAGCAGAAUGGAAGAUCUUGAAGAAGAAGACUAUACGGUUGCACAUGAAGAUGAGGACGAUGACCAUGGAGCUGAUACAACGGGACAACCGCUUUUCGACGCAGGAGGCGAAACUGAGGACUUGCGACGGUUCAACAUUGACUUUUCCUUCCCGACUCCUGACGCAACGGUUGCUGGGAUUACCGGACAUCAACCCGUUAAUGAAGAAGAUUUUGCGCUUGAUGCAAAACUUGACAUGGAUGAAGGCUUUCCGUCGUUCAACAGCGUGGUCGGCGGGGAGGGUAUUGAGCUCGCGAUGCCGGAUGACUAUUCUAAGCCCGCACCCCCUUCAAGCAGUCCCGAACCGGUACCCCAAGAACAAGUGAAAGGUAGCAAGCAAAAGAAGCUAUCACGGCAUGGGAUUCCCAUGCCACGUUUACCGUCUGGGGUAGUAAAAAAGCUAGCCACCCGGUUUGCCAGGAGUGGAAAUGGAGGAAAGUCGAGAAUCAGCAAGGAGACACUCGCUGCUAUUGAGCAGGCAACAGAAUGGUAUUUUGAGCAAGCGAGUGAUGAUCUCUUAGCGUAUGCGAAGCACGCAGGCAGAAAGACUAUCGAUGAGACGGAUGUCAUAACACUCAUGAGGAGGCAACGACGUAUCGGCAAAAACACGACGAUGUUUGCACUCGCUCAAAAACACCUACCCAAAGAGCUUCUGCAAGAUAUCCGUCUUCCAAAACGCUGA